AUUUACGUAACGUGCUGACGUACGAGAAGAAAAUAUUCAACAUGACCGAUGGCAAGUAAAAGAAAACAAAACUUGGAUAACCAUUGUAUGCCUAGCUAAUAAAGCUAUGUAGCUUUGAUAAUAAUUUAACAAAUACUGUUUUUGGUAAUACGUUUGACUUAAGAAUUGUUCGGGUAUAACAACCGUUUUUAUACAAUAUAACGUUAGCUAGCAAUAAACUAAAGCCAGCGUUAUAUUUUCGCAGAGGACAUGUGCUAGGUAGUUAGCCAGCUAAAGAAUCGGACCUGUCCCUCCGAUUCAUUUAUGGAUUUUUAUUUUGUUACUUUGAGGCGCCCGUUUUCUUAAUUUUAUUAGACGACGUCGUUUGUGGGCUACUUUUCCUCGGAAGUCUGCUGCUUCAUUUGGAAUCGGUUUGUGUCCGGUCCCUCCCUGUUGCUCAUAACAAUUUGGUCAGGUAGCUAGCUAACUAGUUAGCACGCUUUUGCUUGUUGUCAGUGAAGGACCAGCUGGCAUUAAGACCAUUCGAGAAAGUAACAUAGCCCUUCCAGCUACGUGAAUUAAAGUAAAAAUGGAUAAGAAGCGUGGAUACAAUAGAAGCCAUCGAAGCAGCAGUGAUUCUAGCAGUAACAGCCCAGGAUCUCCUGCAAGUCGUUCACCUGGAGGCAGCAAAGCAGCGGCAGGCAAUUCCUUUGCCAACGAUGGCAGCUUUAUGGAGAUGUUCAAGAAAAAAAUGGAGGAAGAGAAAAGGAAAAAAGAAAUGGAGCAAGGAUGCGGUGAUAAUAGUACAGCUGACGAAGGACAGUCUACACAGGAAAAGAAGACUCCAAGUGUGACCAGCUUUGUGGGGAAGCGCAGAGGUGGUGCUAAAUUGGCACUCAAGACUGGCAUGGUUGCGAAGAAACAGAAAGUGGAUCCUGAGAUGGAGGGCAAGGGGGAUGCCUGGACAAAAUACAUGGCAGAGGUGAAAAAGUAUAAAGCCCACCAGUGUGGUGAUGAUGACAAAACCAGGCCUCUGGUCAAAUAGACUCUGGAGGACCGUAAGAAAGAUAUCAAGAGGAAUCGGGACAGCUGCCAAACUUUCUGCAUACCGCCAGACUCUUUACAGUUGUAGAAUUGAUCACCAAUGUGAUAUUUGGUUCAUGUUUUUUUUUUCCCCGGUUUACUUUUUGUUUUGUCAGCUUGUGUGCUAUGUGGGGCAAUAGUAAUUGGCUGUGGAGUUAAAGGCUUUUAGGAAUAUAUGAAAGUCAUUACUUAUGCUACUUGAUUAAGGGUUAUGCUAUGAAUAUUGUAGCUCAUUGAUUGGGACAUGAUCUUGUUGAUAGUCGCUGUCUAAUUUCAAUUAAGUGGCAUUUGUCAGCUAAAUUAAAGUUUAAAUUUUAAAACACUGCCCCUUUACAUGUGUUGUGCCUCAGGUGUGUUGGCUUUGAAUUGACCCCUAAAUAACCUGUGAUCUCCAUCUGGAGGAAGCACAGUAGUUCAGCCUUGUGUUGAAUCAUUUGCCUUUCUGGGCUGUUUAAGUGGAAGUUAACUACAGGAAGUUCUUUUUGUUAACCCUGUCAAAUAAAUUUGCGAUUUUUCAGAUUU